AGAGCUGGAUGUAAAGUAACAGUUUUAGAUAGUUCUGAUCCAGAUUGGUGGAAGGGCCGAUACAACAGUAAAGUAGGAUAUUUCCCAGCCACCUAUCUUCAGAGAAUUAUUCCAGGACAGAAAGUAUUCCAGGUUACCCAUACAAUGAAUCUUAGUGAAGGUUUUAAUGGUAUGAGGCUUCAUAAAGAUCAGAUUGUGGUACAAUGUGGAGACGAAGAGAAUGGAAUGGUUCACGUCAGAGCCACCAGCAACAAGGAGGCAGUUUGUCCAAAGAAAUUUUUAAAUGAGAUAUCUUCCUGA